UAGAUAACAGCAGAACAACAGCAAACACUUUAAAAAAAACAGCAUCAGUUUGUCCACAGCUUCAAGAAGACACUUUCUAAUACGAUGACUGACAUGGAAUCUUUGGAUAAGCUGCCGACAGAUGGUGAGAGUGGUGGUCUUAAAAAGAGCAAAAAGAAGCAAAAGAGAGAAGAUUCUUGGAGACCAGAGGGACCCAGAGACCCAUUUGCCAUGCUGGAUUCUCUGCCAGAGAAGGAACAGCAGGAGAUACAGAAAGCCCUUCAUCUCUUCUCUCUGGGCACCAGCUUGCCCAAGACCCUGCAACAGGCCAAAAACCACACCUACCGCUUCUGGGACACGCAGCCCGUCACCAAACUGGGUGAUCACAUUACAACUCAUGGCCCAAUCGAGGAGGUGGACGCCAGUAUCCGGAGUGAGCCAUGCUUACUUCCUCAGGGAUUCUCCUGGGAUACUCUGGACUUGAGCAGUCCUUCUGUGUUGGGAGAGCUGUGCCAUUUUCUAAAUGAGAAUUACAUGGAAGAAGAUGACAACACAAUCAGAUUUAACUUUUCUCCUGAGUAUCUACUGUGGGCUUUACAGCCUCCAAACUGGCUGCUCCAGUGGAACUUGGGCGUGAGAGUAGACGCAAAUAAGAAGUUAGUCGGUUUCAUUGCUGCUGUACCUGCUGAUGUUCGCAUUUACGAGACGAAGAAGGGGUUGGUGCAGGUCAAAUUUCUGUGUGUUCAUAAAAAACUGCGCCUCAAGCGGAUGACGCCGGUUCUGAUUCGGGAACUUACGAGAAGGGUCAACCAGCAGGGGAUCUACCAGGCUGUUUAUGCAGCUGGCACAGUGUUGCCAACACCAAUAAGCUCCUGCAGCCAGUGGCAUCGCCCUUUGAAUCCCCGUAAGCUAAUGGAGGUCAACUACCCCGGUCUAAAGCAGAGCAUGAAUCUGCAGCGAGCCUUGAAGUUUAACCGCUUACCUGAGGUGACAAAGAUAAGGGGGCUGCGUCCUAUGACUAAAGAAGAUACUCCAAGGAUCCUCUCAUUACUCGAGAAAAACCUCUCCAACUUCCACCUCAGUCCCCUUUUAUCGCUGCAGGAAAUAGAGCACUGGUUCUUACCAAAGGAGAAUGUGAAUGACACCUACGUGUUGGAGGCGGACAAUGGUACUCUGACUGACAUGGUGAGUUUUUAUGCCAUCUCCUCCAGGGUGCUAAACCAUCCAGUUCACACCAGUCUCAAAGCCGCUUGUCUUCUGUACACCGUCUGUAAUGCCACCGGGGUGGUUGACCUCAUGCAGGACACAUUGAUUCUGGCUAAAGCUAAAGGUUUUGAUGUCUUCUGUGCUCUCGAUGUGAUGGACAACAUGAGUUUCUUGGAAAAGCUAAAGUUCACCAUCAGCGAUAAAAGUAUCCAUUACUACCUGUACAACUGGAAAUGUCCUCUCAUGGGCCCGGACAAGGUCAGUCUGGUGUUACCCAACUAAUCUGAGGCUUUGAAGAUGAAAUGAUCUGCAUCACUACCUGUGCUUUCAGGAUUCACUAUGAUGUACAAAAUUAUAUGCAUGUUUGUGUGUUUACAUGUGAAUGCACGUGUGUGAGACUGUGUGUGGGUAUAAUGAUCAACAUCAAAAGGCCUGUGGUUGCAAUGUUACCGAGAUCAGUCCUAAAACUGCAUUAAUCAUUGUCUAAAGCUCCAGCUUUAGAAUGUCAAGAAUAAGCAAUUAUGUAAAACUCGUCGUUGAAUUCAGAAUACAAAGGAAAACAUAAUAAAAUCCGUAAUGUCCUGAAAACCUGAA